AUGACUACGUUUAUAUGCAGGGUGCAGUUCUUAGAUGAUACUGAUCCAUUUAACAGCACCAACUUCCCAGAGCCCACCAGGCCACCUCUGUACACAUUCAGGGAAGAUAUUCCUCUGAUAAAUCAGAUUGCUGGAGUCCACCGGCUGCUAAAAGCCCCGCAGAAGCCUGAUGACUGUGCCCUUCAGCUGUCCCAUAAUGGAAGCUACCUGGACUUGGAGUCUACCCUGGCGGAGCAGAGAGAUGAACUGGAGGGAUUUCAGGAGGAAGGAGGGAGGGGCAAGAAACACAGCGUCAUUCUUCGGACACAGCUGUCUGUCAGAGUUCAUGCCUGCAUUGAAAAACUCUACAACUCAACUGGACGUGAGCUAAGGAGAGCCCUCUUUUCCCUCAAGCAGAUUUUUCAGGAUGACAAGGACCUGGUCCACGAGUUUGUGGUGGAGGAAGGACUGACGUGUUUGAUUAAAGUGGGUGCUGAAGCCGACCAGAACUACCAGAAUUACAUCCUCAGGGCUCUUGGUCAGAUAAUGCUGUAUGUCGAUGGGAUGAACGGCCUCAUAUCUCACAAUGAAACGGUCCAGUGGCUUUACACACUGGUCGGAUCCAAGUUCCGUCUGGUGGUGAAGACAGCCCUAAAGCUGCUGCUGGUGUUUGUGGAAUACACCGAGUCCAACGCUGCCCUGCUCAUAAAGGCUGUGAACGUCGUGGAUGCUAAAAGAGAAACAAAGCUAUGGUCAAACAUCAUGGAGAUCCUAGAUGAGAAGGAUGGAGUGGAUACAGAGCUGCUGGUGUAUGCAAUGACACUCAUCAAUAAGACUCUGGCAGGCCUCCCAGACCAGGACUCAUACUACGACAUGGUGGACUGUCUUGAGGAGCAGGGCAUUGAAGCCAUGGCCCAGAGACACCUGAGCAGGAAAGGCACUGACCUCGACCUCGUAGAACAGUUCAACAUAUAUGAGAUGAUUCUCCGCCAUGAGGACGGAGACGAUGAAACCCAGCUGCCUCCCAGCGUCCGUAAAGAGCGCAGACGGGCCAGCGUUGGUGGCAACAAUGAGAGGCGAGGCCUGGAGAGAAGACGCAGCCGGAGACAUUCACUCCAGAAUAGCAGAGGCCACGCUUCUGCCCCAGCAUCACCCAGCAGCCCUCAUAAUCAUGCAAGCAGCUUCCUGCCCUUUGGUGGCCAACGUAUUGAAGACAUCAGUGAGAGUCUGAACGAUAUAAACAACUCUCCUACAUCUUACACAGCUAGAAAGCCCCGCUGGGCUGAAAGAAUCAGUGCCAAUGGCAGUCCGUACCCUGGCAGGCGCCAGGCUCCUACAUCACCCAUUCAUCGCUUCACUACUUCAGCAGCCUCCACACCAGACUCCAAACCAAUUGACAGACCUGCUCUAGGAGGCUUGCUUACUUCAUCGUACAGACAGCAUCAGGAGUCUCUGGCUGUGGAGAGAGAGAGGAGACGCCUGGAAAGAGAAGAGCGUCUGCAGAGAAUCGAAAGAGAAGAGAGGGACCGUUUCAAUCGAGAUUAUGUUGACAAGAGGGAAGAAGCAAGACAAGCCAGAGAGGAAAGGUACAAGGCUGUGGAGAGGUUAGCCGCAGAGGAGUUUGAGCGAGAGCGCCCCAGGGUGCCAGCAAGAGGACGGACAGAGAUCACGCUAUGUUUGAGUCCCAACCCUGUCAGCCGCUCUGCCGCCCGAUGUGCCACACCUUCGUCCAUUAUCUCACAGGAAGAGACAAUUGCCACUGCACACCAGACGUCGGGAACCGAACAUAUCUCAAAGCCAAACCUUGACCUCCACACAAGAACCAAAAGUCCAGAGCCAGACUUAACAGUAUCAGAACCUUCCCCCAAACCUCCCUCCGAGCCAGACAAGCAGCAGACUGAGACAAAGUCGCCUGCAGAGACAGAGGAUGUUGCUGAGACUCAGGCCGAUCAGAAUGUAGUGGAAGAGCCAGCAUCAGAUAAACAGUCAGGCAUGCAGAAGGAAGAGAGGCAAGAGGAGGAGAAGAUUGAGGAACAGAAACAGCACAUGGACGAGGUAGAAGUGGAAGAGCAGGUAGAGGAGGCAGAGGUAGCAGAUGUAGCAGAAGUAGGAGAGCCAGAUGUGGAUGUGAAUGUGGAGUUAGAGGAGGUGUUUGAGAAGGAGCAGCCAACAGAAAGGGAUGUCGAAGACAGUGUACUGCUGAGUGAGAAGGAGAGGCAGAACGAGGAAGUGAAUGAGAAGGAUAACUGCUCCGCAUCCAGCAUCUCCUCCACAAGUAGCACUCUGGAGAGGGAGGAGCGGGAGGAGAAACUCACCAAUGACAUUGAAGCAGGCCAAUGGACACAGUCUAUCAAAGAUGCAGCAGUGAACGACCAGUGCAACAAAAUACUCAACAGCAAGCGCUUCAUGCUGGACAUGCUCUAUGCUCAGGCGACAACCAGCAAGGAUGAAGGGAAUGUAGCAGAAACAGAGAAAGAAAACUGUAAAUGUGAGAAGGAUGCAGAGGUCAGUGACUCCUCUGUAGCUAGCUUGGCCAGCAGGAUCUCCACACUGGAGGCUCACAGACAGGCCAGAGAAGAAAAUGUGAAAAAAAUGGAGGUGGGACAUCUGGACAACCAGGGCAGUGUCCGAGCAGUGGCGGAGAAGUUUGGAGAUUUGGUCAAAGGCCUAGCGUCUCCUCCUGAGGUCGAGGACUCAAAAGAGCAACAGCAGACUGACAUAUCAUCAAUCGCUGCCUCAUCCACCUUACCCCCUAAGAAAGAGUCGGACUAUAUCUGGGAUCAGCUGAUGGCCGAACCUAGGGAGCUGAGGAUCAAAGAAAUGGACUUCACGGACCUGAGGGAUGACGAUGACAUGGACAUUUUAGAUAUGGACAGUGAACUGGGGUCAGGUGACCUCAUACCACCACCUCCACCUCCGCCAUGUAAUGCUGCACUGCCACCCCCGCCCCUGUUUGGGUGCCCUCCUCCUCCUCCCAUCCUUGGCAAGAUGAUGCCCCCACCCCCACCAUUUAUGGCCCCUAUCCCUCCGCCCUCCCCUCAGCUAAGUCGAGGGGAGAUACCUCUCUUCCAAAAGAAAAAGAAGACGAUCCGACUCUUCUGGAACGAAGUGCGUCCCGUGGACUGGCAAAGUAAGAGUCAUAAAUUCUGUAAGGAGUCCCUCUGGUCCAAACUGGAGCCAGUUAAACUGGACACAUCCAAGUUAGAGCAGCUGUUUGAGUCCAAAUCCAAGGAGCUGCCUGUCACGAAGAAAGCAGCUGUUGAUGGAAAACGACAAGAAAUCAUAGUCCUGGACUCAAAACGCAGCAAUGCUAUAAACAUUGGCUUGACUGUCUUACCUCCUCCUCGCACCAUUAAGACGGCUAUUCUCAACUUCGAUGAGUACGCACUGAACAAGGAAGGCAUUGAGAAAAUAUUGACAAUGAUCCCCACAGAGGAGGAGAAACAGAGGAUCCAGGAGGCCCAGCUGGUUAGCCCUGAUAUCCCCCUGGGCAGUGCUGAACAGUUCCUUCUCACCCUCUCCUCCAUCACAGAGUUGUCAGCUCGCCUGCAACUGUGGGCAUUCAAGAUGGACUAUGAGCUUAUUGAGAAGGAAGUGGCAGAGCCUCUGCAGGACCUCAAGGAAGGGAUGGACCAGUUAGAGAAAAACAAAACACUCCGCUACAUCUUGACCACAUUGUUGGCCAUGGGCAACUUCCUCAAUGGCACUAAUGCUAAAGGCUUUGAGCUGAAUUACUUGGAAAAAGUCCCGGAGGUGAAGGACACGGUUCACAAGCAGUCCCUGCUGCACCACGCCUGCUCCAUCGUCGUCGAGAAGUUUCCAGACAGCACUGAUCUCUACUCUGAAAUAGGAGCUAUCACCCGCUUGACUAAGGUGGACUUUGACCAGCUUCAAGACAAUCUGGCGCAGAUGGAGCGAAGAUGCAAAGCAUCUUGGGAUCACCUCAAGGUCAUAGCGAAACACGAGAUGAAACCACCAUUGAAACAAAAAAUGUCAGACUUCCUCAAAGAUUGUGCAGAGAGAAUCAUAAUUCUGAAGAUUGUACAUCGAAGAAUACUCAACAGGUUUCAUGCCUUUCUGCUGUUCCUGGGCCAUCCGAUAUAUGCGGUACGGGAGGUCAGCAUUCAUCGCUUUAGCAAGAUCCUGAGUGAAUUUGCCCUGGAGUAUCGCACAACAAGAGAGCGCGUGCUACAACAGAAACAGAAGAGGGCCAACCACCGAGAGAGGAAUAAGACCAGGGGGAAAAUGAUAACAGAUAGUGAGGAUGACGAUGAUGGUGAGAGUGGUAAAUUUGGCGGUGCCCCAUCAGACUCACAGGAGAUUCAGCCUCAGGGUAUCCAGUAUGCUGAAGAUGCAGCUGAACAUGAGAACAUGAAGGCCGUACUGAAGAGCAGCUUGCAGGGCGGAGAGAGUGUGACGUCCACGGUGCCAGGCCUCCGUACACGCACCAGAGCAAGCAGCACCAGAGGGCGCGUUACCCCAUGGUGCUCUACCAGUGACGACCCAGUGAACUGCACAGAUGAUACAGCUGAUGAGAUCAUGGAGAGGAUUGUCAGGUCAGCCACUCAGGGGCCCAGCCAGCGCACUCAACCUCGGGAGAGGAGACGGUCCCGAGUCAACCGAAAAUCACUGAGGAGGACACUGAAGAAUGGUUUGACAACAGAAGAGGCAAAUGCUCUCGGCUUGUCCAGUGGUUCAGAGAUGCAGGUGUGAGCUGGACAUACUGUCAGGACGUCUCGCAGCCCUUUCACUGCCCCUCCAAUGGCUACACCCAAACUGGCAACUCACUGUGGCUUGGCACUAAAACUCCCUCCCAGCUUCGAUGAGUCGACCUCAUCUUCAUGCAUUUGGUUUCAAUAGGCUUGACACAAGUGCUUCCUGAAGAGAGUGGAUAAUAGGUUUUAUUCGUAACACUGAUGGUCAGAGAGAGCAGAACCAGAAUGUGCAUUCAAACCACGAGACUUUGCUAUUGCUGGAUAAACAUCGAUGACGUUCACUCACAAGGCUAGAUCGCAAUCAUCCUUCGAACAUGACAUUACAUCCAAACACCAGCGCAAAAGUGUGUUUUUCAAGGUGGAGGGCAUCCAAACAGUUGGCAAUACAUUUGCUUCAAUCUCAGUGGCCUUGACUGAAUCCAACGGGCAAGAAGUGUGAUACAGACACUACACUCUCUGCUGCUUAGUUUUAGUGUCAGCCCUGCAGCUUUAGAGACAAAUAGAAAGACAUUUCAUCUGUUGAAUAGAUGGCUUUGUGAAGAGGGUUAUUCUGUUAUAUACUACUGUGGUAGUUUUAUGUUUCUUUUCAUUCUGCUGAAGAAGGUGCUCAAAUAAGGAACAAUUGCACUGGAUGUAAAAGUAUGGUAUCAAUGGAAUUUGAAAUCCUUGACACUGAUGAACCACUGACAUCUAAAAAAAAUAUCAUCAACAGUUUAACCAGCAAAUCAAUGGUUGCACAGUUUGUAAUGUCUGAUCAAAGUGGACACAUUCAAGCUAGAUGGACAUCUAAAGCUUUGUCAAAUGUCUGUUAGAUGACUGGAUAAGAAUUAUUUAGAAGAGACACAUAUUUUAAAGAUCACAGUGAACAGUCCAGGUAGUAUGUGUGAGACUGGUAUUACCACUUGUUUCAUACUAAUGCUCAUCAACAUUUUUAGCUUAAACAAAUGUAGACAAGUGGCAUUGUGCAACCUAUUCUCAAUGCUUGACUGAACAGUUCGAGACAGUUUAAGGAAGGCAGGCACAGCGUUCCAAGUGAGCAAUCUUCGGAGAUCAGUAGUUUUAUUUUCUAGAAAUGAUUAGCUGCACAUCUCAGAGUGCCUUUCAGAGUCAUUUAUUUAUUAAGAUGUUUUCAGGGACAUAUAAACAAGAAAAUGUAACUACAGAUGUGCAGUCUGUGAGGGGCAAGAGGAUAAUACUGCAGUCUACAUCAUACACAAGCUAUGAUUUCUUUUUAACCAGUGUUUUUAAACUUGUCCUGGAAAACAAAAAGUUUUUUCCAUGUUAUGUUUUGGAUCUAAUAGUAUGUUAUGAAGAUAACUUUAAGGUAUUUAUUAUACUUAGGAUUGGUAAUGCACAUUAGAUGUAUCAUGUUGCCUUACUGUAGAAUAUAGAAAUGUAGUCCCACUCUAGUCGAGAUCUAGGGAAAAUGUAGGAGUUAAAAAUAGACCAGGCCAAAUGAAUAUGUAGUUCAACUGGCAUCACUGGAGAUCUUUGUCAUUCACAGGGCGUGGAGCUUCAUUUCCUAACUAUGAAUAAGAACAUCAGGGGUGACAUGAUAAUAAAUUAUAUGGACGAAUAUAAAAUCGCCAUUAUCUGUUUUAACAUGUAAAUCUGUAUUGUAGUGAACAAGACGGAGCCCACAGUUUAACUUUUUGAUAAAGUACGUCUGUUUUUGAACUGUUGAUGUACUCAUUGUGCUAUUGAUUUGUAACGGCCUUGUCUAUGUUUAAACUCAUCAUUUCAGUAUAUAUCAUGGCUAGAUAAAUCUAUUCACUAGCAAAUUCACACUGUGAUGGAAAGAAGGCCAUUGAUAGAAACAAGAAUUUAGCGCAACAUUACGAUAAAGCUACAUAAAACCACACCAGCAGUGAGUUUUGUUUUGUUUUGUUAGAAAUUAACUGAAUAUUAUCCAGCACCUUAGACUAUGUGUAGCACUCAAUUCUUCUGCGAACUGAAGUUAUGGGAGAAAAGCUCAUUGUGUGUCCCAGAUUGUACUGAUUUUUGUCAAAUACAGAAACGAUGUGUAAAGUAAUAUAGGGGGAAUGCUGUAAAAUGAUGUACAUGUCAUGACAAUGUCUUUAUGUUUCUCUGUUUGAUUUUUUGCUCCAUGUGUAGAAUAGUGUCAUAGACUAAAAGCAGUAUUAUUCUAAUUAUAAUUUAAGCAAACAAAGCCAUGAAUGGUUUUACGAGGUGCCGUCAUCUCUGCUUGAUACAAAAGGAGGUUCACCUAGGUUCUCAGAGCUGUAGGGUUUGUGGUAUUGAACCUUUUUACUUCAUAGACUGUAAAGUGAACAAACAUGGUGAAACACUUAUUUAUGAAAUUCACCUUUUAGUCCUGUGGCAUCACUUAGAAGCCUUUGAUUUCAUUGCACUCAGCAUUUUUUUCUUCUAAUUUAACAUUAGCCCACCACACACUAGCUGCCUGUGCCAUAACAUCACUGUGGAACUUGACACAAGUGCAUUACAACCAAGGCUUCUAUUGUGUUUAUGCCCACAGCAAAGAAAACAUGUAGCAAGUACAAUAAAAAGGCUAAUUAAAACCUCUUUUUGACAUUUUUUAACUAUAUCUUGAAACUGUGUUGUUUUAGUAAAGUAAGUGUCAAAUCUAACAUGUUUGGGGAAGAAAAAGCAGUCCACACAAUCCAUGCUUCAAUUCGCUUUAUCUUCAAGAGCAUUAGAGGUAAAUGACAAGCUUACCAGAGUACCUUAUCUGGGGUUUGUACAUGGACAUCAGAUGGACCUCAUUUUGUCUUGUUUAAAAUUCCUAUACGUCCAUAUGUGUUAUGGAUCUAAAUGUGAUUCUGGUGUGCUUUAAAUAAACUGCAAAGACAACGAUGAGCAAGACAGCUACCCACAAAACGGUUGGAAAUUCUGACUGCACGGUCAAAAAAGCACAAAUAUCCUCCUAAAAAGUCUCAACAAAUCCGGUGAAGCCCAAAGCAUGUUCUGCUUCAUACCAGCUGAAAAGUAUCGUAUUUCAAUAAAUGAAAAAAAAUUCAUAGUUUAGUAUCUCAUGAAAAAGUCAUAGUGCUGUUCAUCACAAAAAUGUCAUUAAUAUAUCAAGUCAUAACAAGUAUGCCAAAAAUAUGUUAGAAAAAGUUAUA